AUGGCCUCAUCAGGACGCAGCAAGUCGAACCUAUACACGCGGACCGGUGACGACGGGACGUCUUCGCUGUACACCGGCGAGCGGCGGGCUAAGGACGACGCGGUGUUUGAGGCGCUGGGGAGCCUCGACGAGGUCUCGUCGCAUCUGGGCGUGGCGCGGGUGGCGCUGCGGGGAGCUGAGGCUGCCGACGGCGGCGAUGACGUGCUGGUUGCUAUCGAUGCCUUUCUGGAGGGCGUCCAGUCGCGGCUAGUCGAGCUUGGCUCACAUGUCGCCACGCCGCUGCCGCCGCCUUCUGGCGCUAGCGACGGAAGCGAGUCGGACGACGAGGACGAUCCGGUGGCUACGCGGCGGGCGGCAACGGCGUUUCCGGCGACGCACGUGGCGGCGAUGGAGACGUUUAUUGAUGAGAUCGAUGGUGCACUGCCGCCGCUCACCAUGUUUAUCCUGCCCGGAGGCACGCCUGCGUCGGCGCACAUCCAUGUUGCCCGCGCCGUUGCUCGGCGCGCCGAGCGCACUGUCGCCCGUCUUCGCGGGCCGGGAGGGGUGAGUGACGACGCGUUUGCCUACAUCAACCGGCUCUCCGACGCCCUCUUUGCGGUGGCUCGCGCCAUUUGCCACGCCGAGGGCGGGACCGAGACCGUGUACUCCAAGGGCGAUCCGCAGUGA